CACAAUGUAUAUACUAGCUCUCCGCCCGCCCCUGCACUUCCGUACAAUCGCUACGCCCGCCCCUUUUGUUUUUGUCAUAGCCACGUGUGUGUAUUGGUUCCCUCGUUUUAGCGCUAUUUUCAAGUUCCUUUCCCGCCCAGAAUUCCGGAAAGAUUCUCGCCUUAGCGGCGAUCUGUUCGGAACGUCUAAUCAACGGGAGUGGGCUCCCCUCAUUAUGCUGCUAAGGGUGCGCUCCGGGAACCGGCCUUCUGAAACGGCAGUUAGGGAAGAACUACCUAUGAUGGAUGAGCCGGGCUGGGAGCGGACACGGGACGCGCUUCGGGAAAUGGAGAGAAAGUUGUGCUGCUCCAAAUGCAUGUUUAUACUGAAGGAUCCUGUGUGUUUGGGUGGAUGCGAACAUGUAUUUUGUUGGACAUGUGUUAAUGAAAACCUUGGCAAUGAAUGCCCACUGUGUAACACACCUGCGUGGGUGCGUGAUGUACAAGUAAACCGACAACUAGACAACAUGAUACAGCUGUGUGCUAAACUGCGAAACUUGUUGAGCAUGGGAAAAACAGACGAAAACAAAAUGGAUUUAUGUCAGGAUACAUUGCUCAGACUAAAUCCUGCUCAAGAAAAACAGAAGAAAAAACAAAUAAAGAUGUGGUUUAGCCCCCGAUCCAGGAAGGUGAGAUAUGUAGUGGAAAAAAAAGAGAAGAGCCAACAAAUUUCAUCAAAAACUCUUCCACAAAUGACAUCAUACGAGUUUGUUUCGGAUUCUCCUGAUGGUGAGCCUGCGCAAAAGAAACCUGAUCCGAAACCUAGGAGAAGGAUGAAAAAAAAGUUGAAAGAUAUUAAUGCAGAAUGGGGUGUUGAUACAGAGAAUGAAAUAGAUGAGGUAUCUAAUCCAAGAAAAGAACACAAGUCGGGUAAAUCUGUUUCGUUUUGUAGCUCUGCCGUCAUUCAACAUAGUCCGGAGGUGCUGGUGGUAGAAAGCAGCUUGAAGAAUGACACACCAGAAGAAAUAAGCCCUAAUUGGAACAAGUGUGGCCUGGAUGAACCUAUGGAAAUGCAAUCAACCAGUAUGAAAGAAGUGAACUGCCCCAGUCCAAGUGAACAAAGUACCACGUUUAAAACCCAAGACAAAGAGAAAAAAAUAACUACCGUGAAACGGAAAAAACACUCAUCCCCCAUAGCUUCUUCAAAGCGGCCAAGGAGAAGGUCUAGUGAUACCUCAAAGCCUUUGAAUGACAGUGACAUAAAGGCAAACUCACCUGAAAAAGCCUGUAAAACAGUGUCUCCACAUAAACCUUCUGAAAAUUCUGCAAAAGAUGUUCGAAUAGAAAGCACGCAGGCCGCAAAACGGGAUACUAAAAUGUGCUCCACGCCUUUACCCUGUGCAAAACAGAACAAUAGUGCCAAAUUGGGGCAAAAAAGUACAGCAAUGCCGAUAUCGCCAAAUAAUUUGACAAAUGUCAAAAGAAAUUACAAAGGAGAGACCAUGUUGCAUUUAGCAUCAAUUAAGGGUGAUAUUCAAGGAGUGGAGGACCUUCUUAAUAGUGGGGCAAAUCCUAAUGUGAAGGACAAUGCUGGCUGGACUCCUCUGCAUGAAGCUUGCAAUCUUGGACACACAAUGGUUGUUCAGUUGCUCCUUCAGCACCAUGCCCUAAUGAACACUACAGGUUACCAGAAUGAUACACCACUUCAUGAUGCUGUGAAAAAUGGCCACAUAGCCAUUGUCAAGCUACUUCUGUCUCAUGGAGCUUCCCGGGAUGCAGUUAAUAUAUUCGGUCUGCAGCCUGUAGACUAUGCAGAAACAGAGGAGAUGAAGUCGGUAUUGCUGGAAACCCAGACAGAGAGAGAUCGACUUUUGUUGCAUCCAUGCCUUGCACUGAGCUCACACCAGCGGAAAGAAGAAGCGGUUGUGCUAAUAGCCAGUGGGCUGCUGGCCACUCAGCGUGCCGAUCUGACCAAGCUUGCGAAAAUGCUGAAAGCUAGUAUUUGUGCUGAAUAUGACAGCACAGUUACACAUGUGAUUGUGAGCGAUGAGCCUGUGCUUCGAACCAUGAAAUGCAUGAUGGGUAUAUUAGCUGGAUGCUGGACGCUUCAAUUUUCUUGGGUAAAAGCCUGCUUGCAAUCAUGUAAUCGAGAACCAGAAGAGUCAUAUGAGAUUCCUCAUGGACCACACAGAGCACGACUAAACGGACAACAGAUGCUGCCCCAGCUGUUGGAUGGAUGCCAUUUCUACUUUCUUGGCUGUUUUACAGAGCAUCGCAAAGAAGACCUCAUUGAACUUGUUAAAGCUGCUGGUGGGCAAAUCCUUAUUCGUCAGCCUAAACCUGAUAGUGAUGUAACACAAACCAUUAACACGGUGGCAUACCAUGCAGAAGCAGAUUCUGAUCAACGGUUCUGCACACAAUAUAUUGUGUUUGACAGAGCUUCCAAGUACCGUCCUGAGAGAGUGCGCCAGGGGAAAGUUUGGUUUGCCCCUUCCAGUUGGAUAAUUGAAUGCAUCACCAGCUUUCAACUGUUACCUGUGCACUAGUGAUGCUGAGCAAAAUUCAAUCAAUGUAUUUGCCAUCAAUGGAUUGGAAAAAUUGUCAAUGCUCACAUACAGUAUCUACCUGUCAAAUUUUAGAUCUUAAAUCUAUUUCGGACUGUCGGAAAAACACAGAAAAUAAGAAAGAAAAAAAGGACUCACUUUUCGGAUAAUUACUAAAAUAAAAUGUAAUUUAAAAGAAAUCGCAGUAAACCCCUGCUCAGAUUAUAAACCAAAAUUCUUGUUUAUAGGAUAAAUGAUUCAAUUAUUAAUAAAGUGCACUUUAUUAAUGGAAUUAUUUAUCCUAUAAACAAGAAUUUUGUUUAAUAAUCGGAGAGUGGAGGUUUACUGCUAUUUCUUUAUAAGGAAAAACACAGAAGCUCAUUUUUAGAUUGGUUGGUAUUAUAAUAUAUCUCUGGAUAAAGGUUUGCAGAUUUAAUUAAUCUAACAACCUCAACAAAUAUACCCUAGCCUGACUGAAAAUAUACCUUUUGCAAAUGUCUAUUUGAAAACAACGAAUUACUGUUAAUUGUGUCUUGUGGUAAAAUUGGGUAUAUAUAUACAUGUGGGUCUGCAGGAAUAUACUGAAAAUUUUAUUAUUUUCAACAGUUUGCUAGAAACAGAAUCCACCAUUGAACACAAGACAACAGCAAUUCCUUACAGGGAUUUUUCAGAUUUUCGAAUACAUAAAAUCCCUUUACAUUGGCAGCGCUAACAAAUGUGUACAGUAAAUGAAGUAUUCAUGGACGUAAUGUUCAUUGUACACAUAAAGGUAUAGUCUAAUACACAGCCUAUUUCUAAAGGUACUAUAAUAUUUUUUGCUCAGCAUAAUAAAAUGUUAUCGGCGGUUUCCAGGGAACCAUGAAAGCGAUUUGAUUUUGUGUUCCUUUGUGCUUAAAGUCCCAGUUUUGGUGUGUAAAACAAUGGACAUGAGAAGUUGUAGAAGAAUAUCGACAGGUUGUAAGGAAACAUUAUUUUAGACUGAGGCUACCCAAACAACAGUCUUGCAUUUAUAAAUAAAGAGAAAAAUAUACUUGGGUCAACAGAAAAGAUUAACAAUUCAAUGUUGUUGUGGGAGCUAUUCCAUAUACCUAAUGAGGGGUUCUUACUUGGAAAGGUCACACAUUCUGUGCUCUAGUCUGCUGUUGAAGCCAAGUCUACUAUGGUCGUUAGCUUUAUUUUCUUUCAAUUAUUAUUCAUAGAACGCCCUGUGUUUUGUUCUGACUUGCAGGUGUUGUCUAAGAAAUAAGCUGAAAUCAUGGCAUUAUACGAUUUUAAAAAAAAUCAUUGUGGUAUGUCUUGUUUAAUUAUUAUGUUCAUGUAUGCUUAUGUAUUAAUCCAGCAUCAGGCAGGAUACCCACUGAUCAUGCUCUCAGUUGGUUUUUUUUAUGUUCAUUUUACCUCUGGUCAUAGAUGGGACUCUCUGGGGCUGUGGACGUAUAGUGGGUAUGACAUCUUCUGACUUGUCCGCUCCAGGCCGAGUUGGUUUGUGUUCCAUCCAUGGUAUGAUGAGCUAGAGGGCUGCCCUGAUUAUUUCUUAACUAAUCUCAAUUCAGUGGCAAUGAUGAUUAUGACUGCUUUCUUAGGAUGUGAGUUUUUUAGGAUAAGGGGUCCGCCAUUCCAGAAAACAAAUUUAAACCUGAAGCUCUAAUUGCUUUUUGUCACUGGCAGUGAUGUAUGAUUGUUUUUUUUUAUACCAAUAAUAUAUUAUUAUGCUAUAAUAUCACUAUUAAAAAGAAAUGGCGAACAAAGCAAUAAUGACAUUUGUGCUAACAAUGAACUGUGGAGUAGAAGAAUUCUGGAUAAUAUGGGCUUCUUUUUCUACUUUUUUAUAUUUUUUCUCUUAUCUCUUUGCUGUGGAAAUUCCUGCACUGUUGGUGAAAUGUCAAAUUUCUUGUUAAAUGUUGAAUAUUCAGUCACAUCAGAGCAUUUUCUAAAGUAAUUAUUUAAAGAGAAGCUAAACAUUGUUAAUUGCUUUUGUUAUCUGAAACCAUAUGCAAUGUAUUGUGAAGAUGCUUGAAAGUUUACCAACAGUUUGUAGAUAAAUGCUGCUCUCCUGUUCCUAACGUACUGUGUUUAAAAGAAGAAUGCAAUAAAUAUAUGCAAUAAAUAUACACAUAUAACUGGUAA